AUCAACUUCCUGUUGUGUUCUCUAUGUGACAUGUCCCAAGUUUAUGAUUAAGGUUUUGCUGUGAGUAUAGUUGAUCAUCCAAAUAAUCUCAAUUAAUUUAAUAUUUAUUUUUUAUCUAUGAUUUAUGAUUGAAUUUCCCAGUGUAGCUUUUACCUCAUCCGAAUGCCGGUAUAAAAUUUUGCUUUGACCACUAAUAUAAACUUUAUUUUUAAAUCUGCAUGUUUAUGGUUAAUAAAAAUAAUUAUUGGCUUGCUCGAAAUAAUAUAUAAGUUAUUUAUAAGCAAAUUUUACAUUGUUCUAUAUUUAUAGGAGAUAAGACAAACAAUUAAGAAUUUCACCACUUCAAUGCCAUCAAUAUCACAAUCAACAGACUUUUAUAUAGGGCUAUCCCUAGCAAUAUUAUCCUCAGCAUUUAUAGGAAGUUCUUUCAUAUUGAAAAAAAAAGGUCUACUCAAAUUAGCCGCACAAAGUCAAUCCGUUCGGGCAGGUCAAGGAGGAUUCGGCUAUUUGAGAGAAUGGCUUUGGUGGGUUGGAAUGAUAUUGAUGGCUGUUGGGGAAAUUUGCAAUUUUACUGCUUACGCCUUCGCUCCUGCAACUUUAGUGACUCCUUUGGGAGCUUUAAGCGUUUUAGUUAGCGCUGUCUUAGCCUCGUAUUUGUUAAGUGAAUAUUUAAAUUUAUUGGGAAAAAUUGGAUGCGUAGUUUGUUUACUCGGAUCAACCGUGAUAGUUCUUCACGCUCCCAAAGAAGGUGAAAUUAAAGAUAUGAACGAAAUGGCUAAUAGAUUAAAGGAUGCUGGAUUCAUUAUUUAUAUAGUUAUCAUCACUCUCGCAAACCUUUGGCUAAUAUUUUUCGUCGGACCAAGAUUUGGUCAGACAAAUGCUAUGGUAUAUGUCUUAAUUACCGGAUCUAUUGGUUCUUUAUCUGUUAUGGCAUGUAAAGGCUUGGGAGUGGCUUUGAAGUCUACAUUUAAUGGCCAUAAUGAACUAACGAAUCGUUAUACUUGGAUAAUUUUAAUUGCUGUCAUAUUCUGCAUAUCCAUUCAAAUGAACUAUCUUAAUAAAGCGCUGGACAUUUUUAACACAUCAGUCGUUACACCUAUGCUCUAUGUUGUAUUUACAACGUUUGUUAUUAUAGCCUCUGCUAUAUUGUUUAAAGAAUGGAAUUUUAUGACUGUCAUGGAUAUCGUUGGGGUGAUUUGCGGAUUUGGUUGUGUGAUAAGUGGAAUCUUCCUACUUCAGGCCUUUAAAGAUUUAAAUCUUUCUAAAUUUCAGUUAGUAAAACAAUUGGAACCAAAAUCUAGUCAACAAGUAGAUGACGAGUUACGAUCAUCCCUUCUUGAAGAGACUAGAGGUAGACACUCUCAAAAUUGUUAA